GUGCUCCCCCUGUUUGGGAGGAUGGUGUGAUGAACAGUAUUUUUGCUCUCUUUGCCAGCCCACAACGAAACACAGCUCAGCGUGGCAGGAACUGCGACCGGUCACUUGGCCGCAAGUCACAGAGCAGAGACACCGAUGAGUCCCAGAUGCUGGACUGUGAUCGAAUUCUGCACGGGGUAAAGGGUGGAAGGAUUUUCUGCAGCGAAUCCUCACAACCAGUCUGUGGCACUGAUGGGAAAACAUACAAAAAUGAAUGUGACUUGUGUUCAGCUGCCAUGAGAGCUUCAAACUUCAUCACGUUAAACUAUCAAGGCGAGUGCCGAGAGCCUGCCCCUGAAGUGGAGUAGUGGAGUUCAGACUGCCAGCAAACACCAGGGAUCAGCUGUGACCAAAGAGCAAGUAAAGGAAGAGUCGAUGUUGAGCAUCAGGGGAGCUGCCAAGUCCCCAGGACUGCCAGAGCUGCCUUCAACCCCUUCUGCAGCAAACGGGGCCCGUCCUUGCUCAGGUGGAGGGCGAAAGGCUGUGGGACUCCGUGGUGUCUUCCCAGGUCUGCCCUGUGCAUGUCGUUGCAGUCUCUGCCGCCUCGCUGUGUCUUAACGUGCUUCUACAAUAAAGAUAACUCAUCAGCUUCAUGUCACUUUUCUUCACUAAGCCUUAUGAGAGGGACACACGAGUCCCCACUCCGGCUUUACACCACGUGCUCCUUAGGCAAUAAGCACCCUGAGGUGCUCCAGCUGCUGUAAAUACCUGGCGAAGAUGUUGGACCCAAGGAGGAAGAGCGUGGUCAAGGGUUUUGUGAGGAGGGACCAGGGGUCAGGUUCCUUCUGACUCAUUAUGGGGUCUUGAGUCAAUCACUUCACUGCCCUAUCAGCCCUUUUCUCCUGCCUGUA